AUGUUGGGAAAGAGGCCACAGCCACUGAUCGGAAAAAUAUCCGAACUACUGGUGUCCGGUGGCCGCGCCGCCGCGCUUUUCGACGCCAUCGGAAGCCCGAGAAGCCCGUUUGAUCACAUGAACUUAAAGAUGCAACAGUCACCAAAGGGUCUAAAAAGCUACGACCUUGGUGGUGUUGGUCUAGGAAUCGUGGUGGCCCUUGAUAAAUCCGAGGAACCGGGGCAUGAAAUUCUGCCCAAACACGCCGUUUGCACAUCAAAUUUGAACAAACCAGCUAAACACCAACGCGCGUUUGAAAAGGGGGUUGCCGAAAUUCCCAUCGGAAACUCAGAGGAUUACACGUUUGUGACAUACCAUGUUCCCAACAAGACCAUCACUAAGGUUUAUUAUGAUGGCGGUGAAGGUGGAAUCCAAGCACAUGGCUACUAUAACAUUAACAACGACGUUGGUUAUGUUAGAAGAAUCCCACAAACGCAAACUUUAACUGAGGAUAAUGAACCGUCAUACCCCACAUCAGAUUUUCUCAGCACAUGUCAUUUGUGCAGAAAGAAUCUCCAUGGCCAAGACAUAUACAUGUACAGAGGGGAGAAAGGAUUUUGUAGCACCGAGUGUCGUUCAAGGCAAAUAUCGAUGGAUGAACGCAAAGAGAGGUGUAGAUCAGAAGCUUCAAGAUCUGUGGAAUUGUCUAGUUCAUCCUACACAAGGGAACAAAUGUUUUCAACUGGGAUUGUGGCCCUUUAG